AUGUCCGGCUUUCAACCUCGCCCCAAGCGGGCGGGUGAAGACUUCACGAGAACACACCAUGAAGAAGAGGAUGCGACCGGAACGUCGUCGAAGAAACCCCGGUUUGAUCUGCGAAACCCUUCCACGCUGGCUCCAGAUGCCUUAGACGACGAUGUUGUUCUGGAUGCGGACGAAAUUGGCCGUCGCGGGCAACAAGUGCGCCGCAAAGCCGUCAAUCUCGAUGGGUACGACUCGGAUAGCGACAACGAAGGCUUCGAUGCGCGGUCUGAGGCCAAGGCCAAGGCCAGUCGCGCGAAACAGGAGGCCGACGAGGAUGACAUGUUUGCCGAACUGCAAGAGGAUUUCGGCGCAGAGGAGGUCGACGGCGACGAGGCCAUGCGCAAGAACAAGAAAAAUGUGCGCUUCCUGCGAGACGACGAAAUCGAGGGCCAAGUCGCCGGGUCGAAGGGAGGUGGCACACUGCAUGCGGACCUGAGCCGAGGGGCCGGCGAAGUGGACGUGGACGAGGAGGAGAGCGAGAGUGAAAUCGGCGAGGAAGAACGUGCUCAAGUCGAUGGGGAAAUGGAUGAGGAGCUAGGGGCAGGGUCGAAGAAAAAGCAUGCGCCCUUGCUCGACGCUUUCAACAUGAAGACGGAGCAAGAAGAGGGCAAGUUCGAUGAUCAAGGCAACUACAUUCGCAAAGCCGUCGACCCUGAUGCAGUCUACGACACCUGGCUGGAAGGCGUCUCGAAGAAGGACAUGCGCCGCGCAAAGGAGGCUGCCGAGAAAAGAGAGACCGAGAGGAAGGAAAAGGACCGGGCCAGCGACAGCGUCCUAGCAUCCGAUGUGUUGAAAACCCUCAUUGUCCACCUCAAGCGAGGAGAAACAAUAUUAGAGGCGCUGGCCCGGAUAGGCAAGGGAGCUCCCAAAAAACCGAAAUGGCAGAACAAUCGCAACAAGAACCGAUCCAAGCAAAAGCAGACCGCAGCGGAAGAUGCAGACAUGACUGAGGACGAUCCCAACGAGACUGCGCGGAAGAAGGCAAUUGAUGAUAUUACGGGUGCGGCGGAUAUCCUCAUGACCAGAGGCCAGGCUGACAUCUACGAUACGGAACGUGAGCUGUUGACGAGGCAAUAUCGUCGGGAAACAGGGGAUGAAUGGAUUGAUCCGCCGGAGGAGGAUCCGGCCAGCACUGGCGACGCUCAGAGUCCUGCUAUGUGGCAAUUUCGUUGGUCUGAUGCUCGAGACGGUGGCAUCGUACAUGGUCCGUACGAUAGUGCAACGAUGGAGUCAUGGAAACACGCUGGUUACUUCGGUGAAGGCGUUGAAUUUCGACAAACAACAGACACAGGCGAAUGGCGAAGGGACGUUGAUUUUACCUCUCAAUAA